AUGGCAAGGCAUCUCAAACGUCAUGAGGUCAUGAAAAAUGCACAGGGAUGGUAUGGGAAAACUUUGAAGAAUCUCGCCAGUGCGUUGAGUCAGCCCAAGGUUGCGAAGCAUGAUGGUACUCUUCUUGCUGUCGCCUUGCUAGGCUUAUACGAGACAGUCAUCUUCAGCGGUACCGCAGGGAAGAAAGAAUUGAAUGACAUCCAUAGUAAAGGGCGCCUAGCGGUGCUCCGUCUGAGGGGACCAGAACAGCUGUCAGGAAAAAUCGGACGCAACUUGUUUACACUCCUCUACCAUCAGCAACUCAUCGGAUCAUUCUUCGACGGCGGUGCAGUCAUGGAAGAAUAUCCUGUUUGGAUGAAAGAAUGGUAUCCAGAAACACCAGUGUCAAGACUCGAGACCUUGAUGCAUGAAGUCAGUGUCUUGGUGUCCGGGGUGAAGAAGGCUAUAACCAAAAGGCACACAUCUACAUUGAGGGAUUUGCUGGAACAAGGUAAAGAGAUGGAGAAUACUCUGGCUACCAUCGUCGAAGAACUUCUUGGAUCAUGGCCUCACCCCGAUGUGAUAUUAGCACGCAUGAUCGGAAACGAAUGCGCAGCCGAUAUACCCCAGCAACUCGAGUUCGAUAUUGAAAACCUGAAUCCCAACGAUAUGAACAAAUACCUCAUGAUCACUCGAGCGCUUGUUGCAAAUAUGUUCCGCGCAAUACGUAUCCAGCUUCUCCAGGCGCUCAACUCGGCUGUACCAUAUCUUUUUGAAGCAGGAGUCGGUCUGGACUUGGAUUUUGCUUUGCUCGUUGAGCGUUCGAGCCAAGUCAUGAUGCGGAUCGCCGAGAACAUCUGCAACGACCUCCCUCUCGCCAUUGGUGACUACGACGAUAACAGUCAUCCGCAGAUACCACGCAUCCACGGGCGCGCGAUCAGAGCCUGGGCCCAACUAUUCCCUUUGGAAAGCGCAAUGAGCGUGACGUGGCUGUCAGAUCAACAGAAAGAGCGGCUGACACAGUUGAUGGAGUACACCAUGGGAAUUUUGGGGAUGCACAUGCAUAAUAAGGCUACAGGUGAUGUAGACUACACGGCAUUGAUAGCGGUACGGCAACUGGAAAGUAACGGAGCGUAG